AUGUCAAAAUUCGUUUGUUUCCUACUGAUAGUCGUUUUUGUUUAUAUACAACUUUGUGAUUGUGGAAAGGAUAAAAAAGUUGUUAGUGAUGAUGAUAAAGGUGUUAGUGAGGAUAAAGGUGAUAAAGGUGAUAAGAAAGGUGUGUUAAAAUUAUUCAGUUUUGAGAUAAUAAAAAUAAUAAUUAAAUUAAGGAAAAGGCCAUUUAGGCGUCAACAAGGGCGGAUCUUCUUCACCUAUAGAUAAGAAACCCAACAAAGCAAUUGCAAGUUGGAAAAAAAUUUUAGACAAUACACCGAAAAAAAAAAGAGAAGAAGUGAUUUUGAAUUUGGGGAGCUUGAGCGUUAAGGGCAAACAGCCUGAAGACAAAAAACCUGAAGACGACCAACCUGAGGACAUGCAAUCUGGCACUAAGUGAAGUUCUGUUUUUACAAGAAGCAUUUUUGAAAGAAUUCCGAGUUUAGUAUAUGC